GUAUGGUUUGGUAAAGAGUGAAAGCAGAAAAAUCAAAACAAAUAAGGACCAUACGUUCUCGGUUCAAGCUGAAUCCAACAGAUCACAGCUAAAGCUUCAUCAAGUUUAAUUGAGGAACAAACAUUUAGUAAAUCGAAUUUGCAACGUAGCCAUGGUGAUAGCCGGUCCGAACGAGCCGAAAACAUAAACAAAAACAACAAACGAAAACAUCGCACAAAACAAAAAUGCUUUCGCGGGUGAAUCCUACACUGUUGCAUUCCGUACGGCGAUGGUAUUCUUCCGGCAAAGCCACAAUUUUUGGGCUCUCGUCAGGGUCCGGAAAAUGUGGUGUUGCUGUACUUCGAGUAUCAGGUGAAGGAUGUCGAGAAGUGAUGAUGGCCAAAACCCAAAGUGUGACACUACCCGAACCACGAAAGGCCGUGCUCCGGCGAAUAUUUCAUUCCAAGACGGCGGAGAUGAUCGAUAAGGGAUUGAUGCUUUGGUUCUCAGGUCCCAACAGCUUCACCGGGGAAGAUUCCGUCGAGUUUCACAUUCACGGCGGUGUGGCGGUUAUAAGUGCCAUGUACGAUAGCUUGGGAUCGAUUGAUGGUGUGCGGCUUGCGGAGCCCGGUGAGUUCACGAAGCGAGCGUUCUACGCCGGCAAAAUGGACCUAACGGAGGUAGAAGGCCUUGCCGACCUGAUUGAAGCCGAAACGGAGGCUCAGCGGAAGCAAGCAAUGCUGCAAGCCAACGGUGAACUGUCCAAGGUCUACAAUCAACUGAGAACCAGGCUGCUGAAGUGUAUCGCAAGUAUCGAGGCUUAUAUCGAUUUUGCCGAGGACCAAGAUGUCGGUGAUGAUGUGUUCGAGUCUGUUCGGUCAGAUGUGGCCAGCAUAAUCGUUGAUGCGAAGGCACACUUGAACGACGACAGGCGCGGUGAGCGUCUUAGGUCAGGAGUUCGAACGGUCAUCAUUGGAGCACCGAACGUGGGUAAAAGCAGCUUCGUCAACUUGCUCAGUAAUCGAAAGGUAUCGAUUGUUACGAAUGUGGCUGGAACCACUCGAGAUAUCAUAGAGAGCCAUCACGAUAUAGGUGGUUACCCUGUCAUCCUCGCUGAUACGGCUGGUUUGAGAACGGAAACCAGCGACAUCAUUGAACAUGAGGGAAUCGCUAGAGCCAAAGAUUAUCUGACUGAAGCUGAUCUUGUAGUUCUAGUCAUCGAUGCUUCCAAUUUACAAAAAUACUUGAAGUCUUCCAACAUGCGGUUUGAUGGUUAUCUCGACCAUUACGUGACAUCACUUGGUUUCAAGGGGAAUACUAUACGUGAUUCCAACUGUAUGAUAAUUAUUAACAAGGUUGAUUUACUCACUAGUGAAUCCAGAGAAGCUCUGAAUCGUGUGGAAAGUCUAAGCUUUCUGUCAUGUCAAACUGGAGAAGGCCUACAAAGUGUCCUGACAAAAUUAACAGAAAACUUGGAACAUCUUUGUGGAAAUCCGAGCAGGGAAAGCCCCAACAUUAGUCAGCAACGAUAUAGACAUCAUCUGAAGGCUUGCGUUCAAUAUUUGGAGAAAUACUAUGCCUAUUUGAGUCAUGGUCCGAACCCGGAUUUAGCUAUUGCUACGCAAUAUCUGAGAAAUGCUGUACGAUGUAUCGGAAUGAUUACUGGAAAUGUUGAUACCGAGGAAAUUUUAGAUGUAAUAUUUAGAAGUUUCUGUAUUGGUAAAUAAAGCUGUUGUUGAAAUGCGUUCUUA